UGUGCAGUUUCCGCGCAGUGGUCUGCGAGGUGGCCCAGGCUUCUGCUUCUGGGAGCGUUUGUUCUUCUGGCGAUGUCGAAUGUCGAAGGAGGCGGGGGUGCAAAACUGACCUCCGUUGAUUUUGAGAUAUUUGGGAAUGUGCAGGGCGUCUGCUUCAGAAUGUACACUGAAGACCAGGGGAAGAAGCUGGGUGUGAGUGGGUGGGUGAAGAACACCAGGCAGGGGACCGUGGUGGGGCAGGUACAGGGCCCCUCCGACAGAGUCCGAGAGAUGAAGUCCUGGCUGAGUAAAGUGGGGAGCCCCAGCUCCCGUAUCGACCGCGCCGUUUUCUCCAACGAGCGCGACAUCGCCAAGCUGGAGAUGAGGGGGUUCGGCACGCGCUACUGAGGCCCUCAGACCUCCCCCAAACCUCCCCCAAACCUCCUCCAAACCUCCCCAAACUUCCGCCAAACCUCCUCCAAACCUUCCCAAACCUCCCCAAACCUCCUCCAAACCUCCUCUCAGACCUCCCCCAAACCUACCCAAACCU